AUGGCGCCUCGUAGCUCGGCACGCGGACGACGUCGGAGGAGUUGGCAGCACUGCGAUCUAACGACUUUCUAUACGACGACUGCUGCUGGAUCCAGCAUGGCCACUAGUGCGUCUGCCGAAGCGAAGAAGCCUGAAGACUGUGUGCCGAUCUGGCAGGAUGGCACACAUGGCAGGUCAAUGCCUGCGGGUACAAAGCUUCGAGCUUGGCCGCAAUCUACCUCUCCCUCCCAGUACGCUUCUCAUAGUGUUCCGAGAGUGCUGUUUGCUUUACAGGUCGCACUGCUCGUGAUCGUCCUUGGAUUAGUCGCGAUGAUGUACAAGAGUUUUGUGCUGGCUUCGGCCGCUGCCUUGGUUGAUGCCGAUGUGCUCAACGGACAGGCCGCUGGGAGCGCCAUGGCUGGCGGCAGCAGCAGUGUUCCUCAAUACUACCAGACUACACCUGAGUUCUUGCCUGGACCAACACCGACUGGCGAGGCAGCGUUCCUCGCCCAGACGAACCCGGCGCCAUUUGCUGGUACCAGCUACAUCCCAAACAGCCCUCUCGAGACCCAAGUUCCGAUUAUGGGCAAUACGGACAACGGCAACAUCUUCCAGAUGCACGGGCAACUUUCACACUACUUUCCGAACCCAGAUGGCUUUGGCGUUGAUGAGUACUCGCUGCCACGCAACGCGUCGAUCGUUCAGCUCAAUAUGCUCUCCCGUCAUGGAGCGAGAUACCCAACCACCGGUGCAGGUGCUCAGGUCCUCGGCCAGAAAAUUACCAACUUCACUAAGGGUGUGACUGGCAACCUCGCCGAGCCAUUUGCCGCUGGCCCACAUAACUUCACUGGUGCUCUGUCGUUCUUGAACAGCUGGACGUACAAGUUGGGCGCCGAGAUCCUGACCCCGGUUGGGAAACAGGAGCUGUUCGACUCGGGCACUCUUCACCAGAUCAUGUAUGGCCACCUCUAUCCCAACAACGGCACCAAGAUCUAUGCUCGCACGACUACUGAAGAUCGUAUGCUGAAGUCUGCUGAGUACUUUAUGGCUGGCUUCUUUGGUCUACAGUGGCCCCAGAACGCAAGCCUGAUCGUAGCCAUUGAGAACAGCACCGGCAUCUGGAACAACACUCUCGCUGGCUACUACAACUGCAACAACUCGAACACUGGUGUCUCACGCGGGGGCGACAACGCUACCGCGCAGUGGGCCAGUAUCUACCUCGCAGAUGCUGUAAAGCGUCUGAAUGCGGACGGCCCAGCUUUCAAUUGGACUGCUACUGAUGCAUACAAUGCGCAAUCACUGUGCGCUUACGAGACCGUAGCUCUUGGAUACUCUGCAUUUUGCGGUCUCUUCACCUAUGCGGAAUGGGAGAGCUACGAGUACUCCGUCGGCAUCAGCUUCGCUGGCAACAACAUGUUCCAGUCACCCACGGGACGUGCUGUCGGUAUUGGCUACGUCGUGGAGAUCAUGAACCGCCUCCAAGGUCACCUUAUCCGCGAGCCGACCGCUCAGAUCAAUGUGACUCUGGAUUCGAACGUUGCCACUUUCCCGCUCAACCAAACACUCAACUUCGACUUCUCCCACGACACGAAUAUCGCUUCCAUCCUCACAGCAUUCGGUCUGACGCAGUUCGCACCGGUUCUCCCAGCGACUGCGAUCCAGCGCAACCGCUCUCUCAUCGUCUCCCACAUGGAGCCUUUCGGUGCUCGCCUUGACAUGGAGAUCAUCGAGACUCCACAGCCGCUCAACGGAGACAGGAAGAGCGGUAACGCGUAUGAUGCCGGUGGCAAGACGCGGUAUAUCCAUUUCAUCUUGAACCAGAGGACCAUCCCGCUUGGUGCGAGCUUCGAACAGUGCGGUAAGCGCGACGAUGGCUGGUGUGAGCUGACCACGUUCCUGGAGGUCCAGUCCACCAAGCUUCAGGAAGCCGAGUACAACUACAGCUGUAACGGAAAGUACGCUCCGGUACCGUACGGCAUGAUUACGAACGGUGUCCCACUUAGUGGCAAUUCGACCAGCAGUUCGCCCGCCUCCGCCACAUCACCUGCUACAGUAACAGGUCGUGUACAGUGUCCAGCCGGCACGAAGGAUGGAGCUCUUGUCUGCAACGGCGAUGAUCAGUUCGGGCGUUGCAACUUCGGUAAUGUUAUCUUCCAGAAAGUUGCAUCAGGCACAGCUUGCAGAAACGGAAAGAUUGUCGCCACUGGUAUCUAA